AGAGCACUUGAAGGAAGCCUCAAUCUAAUUAUCACCGCAGUCUCUCUCUCUCUCUCUGUUUCUUAAUCUCUGGCCCUUUUCUUGGGAUGUACAAAGUCUCAUUGAAUGGCCUUUAACUCCAUUUCUCUUCUUCUUCCUUAUUGAGUUCACAUAUAAUCUUGUUACCAAAAAACCAAAAGAGAGAUUCUUUUUUGUUUUGUUUUUGUAUUGCUCUGUGUUCGUGGUUUCUCGGCUAGAGUUAAAAGAUGGAGAAGGCCACUAGUCUUGAGGAGAUCAAGAAUGAGACUGUUGAUCUGGAACGGAUUCCGGUUGAGGAAGUGUUUGAGCAAUUGAAAUGCACCAAAGAAGGUUUGUCCUCAGAGGAAGGAGCCAGCAGGAUUCAAAUCUUUGGCCCCAACAAAUUGGAAGAGAAAAAGGAAAGCAAGUUUCUCAAGUUUUUGGGGUUCAUGUGGAACCCUCUAUCAUGGGUUAUGGAAGCUGCAGCUAUCAUGGCUAUUGCAUUGGCAAAUGGAAGUGGGAAGCCCCCGGAUUGGCAAGACUUUGUCGGUAUUAUUUGCUUGCUUGUGAUCAACUCUACCAUUAGUUUCAUUGAAGAAAACAAUGCUGGCAAUGCUGCGGCUGCACUCAUGGCUGGCCUUGCUCCUAAAACCAAGGUGCUUAGGGAUGGAAAGUGGACCGAGGAGGAUGCUGCAAUUCUGGUUCCAGGAGACAUCAUUAGUGUUAAAUUGGGAGAUAUUAUUCCUGCCGAUGCCCGUCUUCUUGAGGGUGAUCCUUUGAAGAUUGAUCAAUCUGCCCUCACUGGGGAGUCACUUCCAGUAACUAAGCACCCUGGUGAUGAAGUUUUCUCAGGUUCCACUUGCAAACAGGGAGAGAUUGAGGCUGUUGUUAUUGCUACUGGUGUCCACACCUUCUUUGGAAAGGCUGCGCAUCUUGUGGACAGCACCAACCAAGUUGGUCACUUCCAAAAGGUUCUCACUGCUAUUGGGAACUUCUGUAUUUGUUCCAUAGCAGUUGGAAUGGUUAUCGAGCUCGUAGUCAUGUACCCAAUUCAGCACCGCAGGUACAGAGAUGGAAUUGACAAUCUUUUGGUUCUAUUGAUUGGAGGAAUCCCCAUUGCUAUGCCUACAGUCUUGUCUGUGACGAUGGCUAUUGGAUCUCACAAGUUAUCCCAACAAGGUGCUAUCACUAAGCGUAUGACUGCCAUUGAAGAGAUGGCAGGUAUGGACGUACUCUGCAGUGACAAAACUGGGACUUUAACCCUCAACAAACUGAGCGUUGACAAAAACUUGAUUGAGGUUUUUGCGAAGGGUGUGGACAAAGAUCAUGUCGUCCUGCUUGCCGCCAGGGCCUCUAGAGUUGAAAAUCAAGAUGCCAUUGAUGCUGCCAUGGUUGGAAUGCUUGCUGAUCCAAAGGAGGCAAGAGCUGGUAUAAGAGAGGUGCACUUCCUUCCAUUCAAUCCUGUGGACAAAAGGACUGCUUUGACUUACAUUGAUGCUGAUGGAAACUGGCAUCGAGCAAGUAAAGGUGCUCCUGAGCAGAUCCUCGACCUAUGCAAUGCCAGGGAAGAUGUUAAGAAGAAGACUCAUUCUUGUAUGGAUAAGUUUGCCGAACGAGGGCUCCGAUCAUUGGCUGUUGCUAGACAGCAAGUGCCAGAGAAAAGUAAGGAAAGUCCAGGUGGUCCAUGGGAGUUUGUUGGCUUGUUGAACCUCUUUGAUCCUCCAAGACAUGACAGUGCUGAAACCAUCCGUAGAGCUCUCAAUCUCGGUGUGAACGUCAAGAUGAUUACUGGUGAUCAGCUUGCUAUUGCAAAGGAGACAGGAAGAAGGCUUGGAAUGGGAACAAACAUGUACCCUUCCGCUUCUUUACUUGGUCAGCAUAAAGAUGCAAGCAUUGCUUCUCUUCCUGUAGAAGAGUUGAUCGAGAAAGCAGAUGGGUUUGCUGGCGUGUUUCCAGAGCACAAAUAUGAAAUCGUGAAGAAGUUGCAAGAGAGCAAGCACAUUGUCGGAAUGACUGGUGAUGGUGUUAAUGAUGCUCCUGCAUUGAAGAAGGCAGAUAUUGGAAUUGCUGUUGCUGAUGCUACAGAUGCUGCAAGAGGUGCAUCUGACAUUGUUCUAACGGAGCCUGGAUUGAGUGUCAUUAUAAGUGCCGUUCUGACCAGUAGAGCUAUUUUCCAAAGGAUGAAGAACUACACUAUCUAUGCAGUCUCUAUCACAAUCCGUAUUGUGUUUGGUUUCAUGCUUAUUGCUCUGAUAUGGAAGUACGACUUCUCUCCUUUCAUGGUUUUGAUUAUUGCUAUCCUAAAUGACGGUACAAUUAUGACAAUCUCAAAGGAUAGAGUGAAGCCAUCACCCUUGCCUGAUAGCUGGAAACUAAAAGAGAUAUUUGCCACUGGAAUCGUACUCGGUGGUUACCUGGCUCUGAUGACCGUGAUAUUCUUCUGGGCAGUGCAUGAUACUGAUUUCUUUUCGAAUAAAUUUGGUGUCAGAUCUUUGAGGCACCAUGAUGAAGAAAUGAUGGGGGCUUUGUACCUUCAAGUCAGUAUUGUGAGCCAAGCUCUCAUUUUCGUGACUCGUUCUCGCAGCUGGUCCUUUAUUGAACGACCUGGUCUGCUACUACUGUCUGCUUUCAUGCUUGCACAACUGGUGGCGACUCUGAUUGCUGUUUAUGCCAACUGGGGGUUUGCAAGGAUCAAGGGAAUUGGAUGGGGUUGGGCUGGUGUCAUCUGGAUUUACAGUAUCGUUUUUUAUUUCCCACUUGAUAUUAUGAAGUUUGCUAUCCGCUACAUCCUAAGUGGAAAGGCUUGGCUCAAUUUGCUGGAUAACAAGACUGCCUUUACCACCAAGAAAGAUUACGGUAAAGAAGAAAGAGAAGCUCAAUGGGCUCAUGCACAAAGGACCUUGCAUGGGCUCCAACCACCUGAGACAGCUGGUAUCUUCAAUGAAAAGAGCAGCUACAGGGAGUUGUCUGAAAUCGCAGAGCAGGCUAAGAGACGAGCAGAGGUUGCAAGGCUUCGGGAGCUUCACACACUCAAAGGGCAUGUGGAGUCAGUUGUUAAACUCAAGGGCUUGGAUAUUGAUACCAUCCAGCAGCAUUAUACCGUGUAAAAAUCCUGGAAUAAAUUUACCUGAGAUGGAAAGGCCUAAAGUUCAAUGACAAACCCUCAAGAACAUCAGAUAAGGCCUCAACAGCUGAAAACUUUUCUAGAUAGGGGAGAAAAUGGUAUUAGUAUGAAUCUCCUGAUCUGUUUACAUUUCUUGUCUUUGUGUGCUUUAAACUGCUGGAAGAGAAAGGGCUGUGCUUCCCUACUUCUUGCUCUAUCAAGGGCCAUGUAAUGCCACCUGGUUACACAGUAUUUCCAAGUUUUUUAAUCUUAAUUUUCUUCUGCUUAACUUCUUAUAA